GUCAUCAUCUGAAAUAAUACAUCAGGAAAAUCACGAACGAGAGAGAGAGAGAGAAAAAGAGAGAUAGAAAAAGAGAGAUCACGGACGGAUGCGUUGCUUACCGCACAACGGUAAUGCCGUCGACGCGAACCUGGCACGCGCUCCGUUGGCUUCCUUUGGGUUUGAUUACGAACGAACGGACUGUUUCGUUUUAAUGGGCCGCGUCGACAGAGCACGAGGGUGACGCGGCUGAAAGUCUAGACUGGGGCAGCAGGAGAAGAUUUCUCCCUUGGUAUCAGCCGUGUCGCCUGGAGGACGUUUCCAGGGAUACCGGGUUAGAGAUAACACUAGGCUACGCUGGGAACGCACAAUCACUUGUGUUCUUGAGAGCAAGUUGUAGGCUUACCUAGUUAUGGAGGAUAGUAUGAGUGUAAAGUCCAUGGAAUCAGUGGCGACAAGCGAUGAAUAUGAAUUUGUGAAUGAAAAAGGUACUAGCAAGCAGCAGCAAGUCCUCUUAGAACCACCUAUGUUAAAAAUUGCCAAUAACGGUAAUUUGGAAGAUCUGCAAAAUAAUCUCCGUGAGAUUUUGACAGAGGACUCGAAAAUGGAAGGAAGUGAAUUCAAAGUGACGAGUGCCAGCCAACAAAAUCAAGAGAAGACGAAGAAAGUAGGCCACAGUAAAUUCUAUGAUGUUAGUUGUGUUGUUUCAUCGGAGAAGCAAGAUAUUAUGAAGCCAGAAGAUUAUGUUGAGGAAGAAUUAAACACAUUGUCGCACGUUCAACAAGAAUGCACUAUUUUCAAUGGUGUUACAUAUCUGGGAGCAGCUGCUAUAAAUGCACCAAAAUCAGAAUGUGAAAUCCAACGUAAUAUGAGUAUAUUAAAUGCAGAGCAAUCCUUGACUUUAGGAAUAAGAGUUUCUGUCUCGGUACCGAACAGUUCUCAAGGUUCAGUUAUUUUAUAUGAUGCAGCAACACAACAAGCUAUUGCACGUUAUGAAGUGCAACGUAUUCUGUUUUAUGCACGUGGUGAGAGUACUGGUUCAUGUGCAGCAUGUUUUGCUUUUACAUGGUCACACGGUGAUACUUUAGAAUCUGCCAUUUAUCAAUGUCAUGUUUUCCGCUGUGAUAUACCAGAAGCGGUCGGACAAGUAUCAGCCUGUUUUUCAAAAGCAUUCCAUAGAAUACCACGUUCAAUGACAAGUUCUUUAACAGGCAGUGACUUUAAUGGUUUCAGUGCUGGUGAAAAAGUUAAUUCUAGAGUAUUUAUUUUUGAAGUCACUAUGGAAAUAAAAGAAGAGGAUGGAAAAGGUGGUUUUAGUACAGUCCCUAAGGAUAGAAAUUGUUUCAAAUUACGAAGCAAUGUGGCAAAACAAGUUUGUUUGAGUAUCCAGCAAGUCUCUAGUAAAGAAGGUGGCAUUACGCUUGAAGUCGAGAGAUGUUUCGGAGUUCUUGUUAGUCCUGGGCGAAAUGUUAAACACAGUGAUAUGCGACUACUCGAGAUGGUAAAACGAGAUUCACACCAGCAAGUUAAUUUUAUGUCUAUAAUCAGCUCAGAUGUUCGCAAUAUUACAACAAUUUUGCAGCAAGUUAAUACUGGACCAAUAAUGCAAGACAAACAGUGUUAUAAUAUUUGUGGACGUUGGGAUCCUGCGGAUCCCGCUUUGGAGACACUUAAUAUAGAAACUCCCAGAGAGGGUAAAACUUUCAUGACUAUAGCCGUCGAUCUGGUUAUUAGAGAUAUUCGAGAGCCAGUAAGAUUUGUGAUAGAAACAUCAGUUAAAGUAUUUCCGCAAAACGAGAGAUUUUGGUAUUUUAAUAAAAGGAAUCUUGUGCAACAAUUUUAUCUUAACUCAAAAGAGGUAAUUUCUGGAGAUGGUACGGAGAUACAUUAUGAAGUACAAAGUAUAGAAACAUCUGGUGAAUUAGAUAGAAACAGAUUAAAUCUUGCUCUGAAUCUGGCGUCUUUAAUUAGAUCGCCUUCUUUAACUAGUAUUGACACACUUACACCUAAAGAAGAAAUAGAUUCAGAUGGGGAUGAACCUAUGUUAAGUGGUACAGGCGAAGUCUCGAAGGAUUGCUCGGCAGAUGAACUGGCUAGUUGGGCUGAAGUUUUAGAUAGUUGGCAAGUUAACGAGCAACGUCCAAAACUUCUUAUAAAACUAACAAAACAAGGAAUUCCUGAAGCUUUACGUGGUGAAGUUUGGCAACGUUUGAGUAACUGUGACAAUUCACAAGAGAUGAUGGACAAAUAUAGAAUGUUAAUUACGAAAGAAAGCAGCUGUGAGAGCGUAAUUUUAAGGGAUAUUAAUAGAACAUUUCCAGCCCAUGACUUCUUUAAAGAAACAGGUGGUUUAGGGCAAGACUCUUUAUACAGAAUAAGUAAAGCAUAUGCUGUUCACGAUGAAGAAGUUGGGUAUUGUCAGGGCCUCAGUUUCUUAGUUGCUAGUCUGUUACUCCAUAUGCCCGAAGAACAAGCAUUCUGUGUUCUGGUUAAAUUAAUGUACGACUAUGGUCUUCGAGAUUUAUACAAGGAUAGAUUUGACAACCUUUACAUGCGGUUUUACCAACUAAAUCGUUUAAUAGAAGAUCAAUUACCGGAACUUUAUAAGCAUUUCUGUGAUCGCGGUGUAGAAACGCACAUGUUCGCCGCACAAUGGUUUCUAACUCUAUUUACUGCUAGAUUUCCAUUAUAUCUUGUCUUUCAUAUCUUGGACGUAUUUCUUUUACAAGGACUCGACACGUUAUUCCAAGUCGCCCUCGCUUUGUUGAUGCUUUGUAAAAAAGAGUUAUUACAAUUAGAUUUUGAGAGCAUAUUGAAAUACUUCCGGGUGCACUUACCAAAACGUUGCCGAAACGAAGAAGUUGCACGCUAUGUUAUGAAGUUAGCUUGUUCAGUGACUUUAAAGAAACUGAAGAAAUAUGAGGCAGAAUUUAUGACGUUGAAAGAGGCACAGGAAAAUGCUGAUGAAUACAGUAACGAAGUGGAGCAAUUACGCGGUACAGUGGCCAGAAAUGAAGAAGAAAAGCAAAGAUUGGAGGCAGAAUUGCUGCAAAUUAAGGAGAUGUUACAGCGUGAGGUAGCUCGGGCAGACGCCGAAAGCCGCAGAAGCAAUGUCAUUAUAGCCGAAUACAAGCAGAUCUGCCAGCGUUUGGAGGACGAUUACAACGCUGCGAAAACAACAUUGAGCGAGUUACGGGCAAAGGUUUCGAAAUGCGAAAAAUGUAGGACAUGUAUAAUGGACUCAUCAAACAUAUUGGCGGAUAUCGCACAUCCUUUGGAGAAUCGAAUAGAUCCUAUGCUUCAUAGGGUGCAGGAAAGAGUGCGUGAGUUGGAGCUAGAAUUAGCGCAGACGAAAUUAGCGCAUGUCGAGGCCGAAUGCCGGAAUCAGUAUCUGACACAUGAGUUGCACGCCACCGCUUCAGAGCUGCAAGCCGCGCGAAAUAGUUGGCCAUGGCUCAGCAAAACCUUGUCCAGUAUAAAGGAAGCGGCAAACAAGAGAGAAGCAAUGGCUCCAACCGCGCUAAGAGAUCUGAGACGCGACAGUGCACCUGGAGGUGAUCUGCACCAUCUAAUACAUUCUCGUGGCCGUGAAACGCGCGAUAAUCUCAAGGAAGUUGUGUGAUGCAACAAAAUGCCAUUAGGAGAAGAAUACGUACAUCUUGGAGUCAUGCGCCGGGCACGAAUAUGUGAACAUGAUGUAUGUUCGUAGUUAUUUAAUGUACUGUUAUUUGUUAACUUGAUAUAUUUUUUGUCACACUCCCCAAUUGAAUUGCGUAUCAAAUGCUUUUGAUCAGGUAGCCCCAUUUACAUAACAGCUGAUAUUAUA